UGAAAAAACUGCAGGGUCAGAAUCAGACGGUCACGGGAACAUGUAAUGCGACUAUGGCCAUACAAAUGGUCGCAAAUUCGCAAGACCCCAAAAGUCACUGGACCGCAAUGUUUUUCGACGCAUAGACUCCCCAUCCCAAGUUCCACGGCCGCAAUCUCCCGCACACUGUCACACAAAGUCACUCCUCCCUUUUCUGAUUGCCGCCAGGAGCUUGAGGCGCACGCUGCUCAAUCUCAUCCCAUCAGUGGCCCCUCAUCUUUCCUCACCUUCACCCUGCUGAAGCCCAGUCCCGGGUGGGGCCCAAACCAACGGGACUAAGCGGACUCGGAGGUGCUUCUUUCACGGACGAGACACCGUAACUCCGAAAACCCAAAGAUGCAGCCCACUGUAAGGAGGAAGCGACUUUUUGCAGAGAACAAACUCGGGCUGCGAAGGCCUCUGGGAGAUGUAGUCCGGGGCAGGAAAGUUGCGGAUUUUUCAGAUCCUCUGGGAAUCAACUUGCACUCCUAAGACCCUAGUGCGGACCUCCAGGGAGGCCGCUGUCGCACAACUGAGGGGCCGAGCCUGCUCGGCAGAUGUGGGCGCCCUUAGCCGCCGCCGAUGGUUAUUCCACUCCUCUCAAACAGGAAGACCCGUCCCGCCACGGAGAGCCGCGGGGGCCUCUGGGAAGUGCGGUCCUGCGUCUAACGGACCGAGGCUGUGCUGCCUCAGCACCACUGCUGCUGACCUUAGUGGCGCCCCUGCCUCAGCCCGCGCUGACUGUGCCUCUUGGGGGGCGUGGGGAGUUGGGCCUGUGUCCGCCGGCUCCGGGCUCUGCCUUCUCAGGCCCUGGCCAUUCCCAGAAAGAAGAAAUGAGUGAAUCCCAGGGAACAGUGACAUUCAAAGAUGUGGCUAUUGACUUCACCCAGGAGGAGUGGCAACAAUUGGAUCCUGCUCAAAGGAACCUAUACCGGAAUGUGAUGCUAGAAAACUAUAACAACUUAAUCACAGUGGGCUGUCCAUUCACCAAACCUGAUGUGAUUUUCAAGUUGGAGCAAGAAGAAGAACCAUGGGUAGUAGAAGAAGAAGAGUUAAGGAGAUACUGUCCAGGAGAAAUAUGGGGAAUUGAUGAACAUCAGAAAAUCCCGGAGAGACUUUUCACACAGUUUGAAAAUAAAUUCAUAAAAACAAUGACUGAAGAAAAAGUCAAUGACUGUCAUAGGAUAUUUGCAAGAAGUGCAUUUCCUCUGAACUCAGACUUUUUUCCUUCCAGUCACAAUCUCUAUGAAUAUGAUUUGUUUAAAGAGUGUUUAGAACAUAGUAAUUUAAGCUAUCAAAAUAAUGAGAGGAUCCUUAUAAGAAAGGAAUACUGUGAAUAUAAUGAACCUAUGAAAUCAUUUGGCAAUAGCUUAUCACAUCUUGUAGUAACACCCUUUAAAUGUAAUCAUUGUGGGAAGGGAUUUACUCAAACCUUGGACCUCAUCAGACACCUGAGAAUUCAUACUGGAGAGAAACCCUAUGAAUGUAAAAAAUGUAGAAAAGCCUUCAGUCAAAAAGAAAAACUCACUAAACAUCAUAAAAUUCACAGUAGGGAACAGACUUAUGAAUGUAGUGAAUGUAGGAAAACUUUCAUUAAAAUGUCAAAUCUCAUUAGACAUCAAAGAAUUCAUACUGGAGAGAAACCCUAUGCAUGUAAGGAAUGUGGGAAAUCCUUCAGCCAGAAAUCAAAUCUCAUUGAUCAUGAAAAAAUUCAUACUGGAGAGAAACCUUAUGAAUGUAGUGAGUGUGGAAAAGCAUUCAGUCAGAAGCAAAGCCUCACUGCACAUCAGAAAGUUCAUACUGGGGAGAAACCUUAUGCAUGCAAUGAAUGUGGUAAAGCUUUCCCUCGAAUUGCAUCCCUUGCUCUUCAUAUGAGAAGUCAUACAGGAGAAAAACCAUAUAAAUGUGAUAAAUGUGGAAAAGCCUUUUCUCAGUUUUCCAUGCUUAUUAUACAUGUGAGAAUUCAUACAGGUGAGAAACCCUAUGAAUGUAAUGAAUGUGGAAAAUCCUUCUCUCAAAGCUCAGCCCUUACUGUACAUAUGAGAAGUCAUACUGGUGAAAAACCCUAUGAAUGUAAGGAGUGUAGAAAAGCCUUCAGCCACAAGAAAAACUUCAUUACACAUCAAAAGAUUCAUACCAGAGAGAAACCUUAUGAAUGUAAUGAGUGUGGGAAAGCUUUCAUUCAGAUGUCAAAUCUAGUUAGACACCAGAGAAUUCACACUGGAGAAAAACCCUAUAUAUGUAAAGAAUGUGGCAAAGCCUUCAGCCAGAAAUCAAAUCUCAUUGCUCAUGAAAAAAUUCAUUCUGGAGAGAAACCCUAUGAAUGUAAUGAAUGUGGUAAAGCCUUCAGCCAAAAGCAAAACUUUAUUACACAUCAGAAAGUUCACACUGGAGAGAAACCUUAUGAUUGUAAUGAAUGUGGUAAAGCCUUCUCUCAAAUUGCAUCCCUUACUCUUCAUUUGAGAAGUCACACAGGGGAAAAGCCUUAUGAAUGUGAUAAAUGUGGAAAAGCCUUCUCUCAGUGUUCUUUGCUUAAUUUACAUAUGAGAAGUCAUACAGGUGAGAAGCCCUAUGUAUGUAAUGAAUGUGGAAAAGCCUUCUCUCAAAGAACUUCCCUUAUUGUGCACAUGAGAGGUCAUACAGGUGAGAAACCCUAUGAAUGUAAUAAAUGUGGAAAAGCAUUUUCCCAAAGCUCAUCCCUUACUAUACAUAUACGAGGUCAUACAGGUGAAAAACCCUUUGACUGUAGUAGAUGUGGAAAAGCCUUCUCUCAAAUCUCAUCUCUUACACUUCAUAUGAGAAAACACACAGGUGAGAAGCCUUAUCAUUGUAAUGAGUGUGGUAAGGCUUUCAGCCAGAAGUCACACCUUGUUAGACACCAGAGAAUUCAUACACAUUAGUAUAAAACUCUAUAUAUUGCGAGUAUGGAAAAGCCUUCAGAAGGAAUUAGCAUCCUUGUACUUUAUAUAAUAGGUUCUAGAGCAGGAAACUAUGAAUGUGGGAAAGGCUUUUGAAGAAGUCACAUACUUGUGAAACAUGACAAUUCUUACCAAAGUGACAAAUUAUAUAGUGAAAAAGUUGAACAUCAAAAACCUUCAGCAGUUAUCUAUUGUUAAUACUUACUCAGCAUUCUCAUUAAAAUCUGAAAUAAUAUCUCUGCCAUUAGCAUACCAACAUGAUAUUUGAUCUCUUAGCCAAUGUAUUAAGCAAGAAAGAAAGAGAUUGGGGGAAAAAAGAAACUAUAAAAAUAACCUUUUAUAUGAGGAAAAUAAUUAGAAAAUGUUGAUAUAAAAUACCUAAUAAAUACAGAAUGAAUUGCAAGAAUUUUGUGUAAAACUAUAAAGCAUUUUGAAAGGCACAAAACACCCAAAAAUUUGAGAAAAAUAACAUUAUCUGAAAAGACAUUUAUAAAACAAAUUCUCUUACAAAUUUCAAAGUUGAAAAUAUUUCCACUCAGUUCUUACCAGUUAGUUAUAUUUUAAGAAUUUCACAAACUGAUUAAAAAAUGUAAGAAUGUAAAGGACCCACAAAUAGCUGAAAUGUGAAAAAUAGAAGAUACAGUCUACUAGAUAACACAUACUGUAUUUGAAGCUGGUAUUAUUUAAACAGUGUUUUUGUGAGUAGGUAAAUGAGUGAGAACAAACAAGUUUGGAGGAGAGAGAGACAGGAAUUUUAUGUGAUAGUGCUAUUACAAUCACUAUGGAAAGGAUGUUCUAUUCAAUAAAUGAAAGAUUCAUAUGAACAAAAGAUGUUAGCUCUUUAUACCGUACACAAAGUAAAAUCCAAAUAGAUUGAAGAGCAGAAUAUAAAAAGCAAAAUUCUAAACUAUGAUGAAAAUAGGAUAUAUUUAUUACUUUAGAAUAACAGAAUUUCUCUAAAAAUACAUAGAUAUGGAAUAAUCAGUUCUAUUUUGUUGUACUGGCUUCAGAGGCAUAUAUGUGCCCAAAGAGAUGUAUAAAUCACUAUGUUCACUGCAUCAUGAUUUGUAUUACUGUAAAGUGGACAAAACAUGAAUUUCCAUUAGAGGGGAUAGAUCAAUAUGAUGUAAUUAUUUUAUGAUAGUAUACAGUGUUUAGAUAAACUACAAAUUUGACAUAUAUGGAUCACAAUAUAUGAGAAAAAUAUACAAUGAAAACAUUUGUCUACAUUUAAUAAAAUAAUUCAAAGAACAGUACAGUGUAUUGAUCAUGGGUCCAUAUAUGAUAUUGGUUGCCUUUUAGGAAGUUGGAAAUGUUUGGAGGGAGUCAUAUUUGUCUGUAGUAUUUCUUAAAUAAAAUGAUGAAAGAAAA